CCAGAGAGACAGGGGAGGAAGGGAGGGAGGGGAGAAUCACCAGAGACGAGACAGAGGACAUCGGAGGAGCCAGAGGGUAAACUGCAGGCAGGAAAGAGAUCGCGAGGAGACGCGGGCGGAGCGAGCGAGCGGGCGAGCGGGCGGGCGGGCGAGCGGGCGGGCGAGCGGGCGGGCGGGCGCGGUUCUGUGAGCGAGGCCGAUCGAGAGCAGCAUGAAUCUCCAACGCCCGCGGACAUGCGCACAGGUCCGGUCCUGGCGGUGACUUCAGUUCCGCCCGCUUCGUGCGAACGCACGGCACGAGCGAGCGUGUGCACGAGUGAGUGACCGCGAGGGAGAAGAGGAAGGAAGGAGGUGAAGGAAGGAGGUGAAGGAAGGAAGGAAGGAGGAGGAAGGAAGGAAGGAGGAAGGAAGGAAGGAAGGAGGAGUACACGAAGAAUAUAUUUUUAAGGGCAUAUCGAUUCGUGCAGUUUUUGCUCGUUGUUUGUCAUUCCUCGGGAAGAAUCUGCGAUGCCGCGCGUGUCAAAGGAGGGGAGAGGGUUGGAGGUGUCGUCUGGCGCGGCUCCCCUGCCCGCGCGCUCGUGAAGAGAGCUUCCUCGCCGGAGUUUGGGGAACCUGACGCUGGCAUCUCACGCGACAGCGAGGCCCUAUGGGUUAAGCCAUCGGAGGCGCAUGGAGAUUUCGGCUUGUUCAUUCGCAGCCUUUCUCACAUUCCUGUACCAAGAGGUUUACGUGGGAUGGGCGUCCGGCCUUAACCAAACCAUCGACUCGCGGGACGAGGAGGAGGAGGAGGAGGCGUCGUGUGGCCAGGAUGAGCUGCGUUGUCGCGACGGACACUGCAUCAUUGAGGAGCUGCAGUGUCUGCUCGCGCGCGAGUGCGGCUGGGACCUGCCCCUCGUCUGCUCGCAGGUGGCGGCGGCGUCCAACCACAGCGAGUCGGCGGCGCCGGGGUUCAGUGCCGCGGGGUUCGGCGCCGGGGGGAUGAGCGCGGGAGCCGCCGCUGUGGCGGUGGACGGCAUCGGGGUCGGGGGUGCGGGCGGUGCGGGCGAGGGCGCCAGCCUGCUCGUGUCGCCCCUCGUCGUGGCCGGCAUGGUCAUCGGCCUCGUGCUGCUACUGUCGUGCGUCACCAUCGUCGCCGGCAGCCUCAAGAAGGACGGCCGCUCCACGGCACGGGGCUCGCAGCUCGGCUCGCUGCCCACCGCAGGGCAGGACGGCUUCUCGUACAGCGGCUCUCACGGCGACCUGAGCCUGUCGCGCAUGGAGAGGUACUCAACGGCGAUGGCGUACGAGAUGUGCGACGAGACCGUGUCGCGGCUCAACCUAACCUUCCUGGACGCUCCGCCACGGUACGAGGACUGCAUCAGACCCAGCACGCUCAUCCUGCCCAUCCCCUCCGAUGCGCCGCCGCCUUACUCGCUCACCGACCCCUGCUGGGACAGCGGCCUCAACGUCGGUCUCUACCCCGGCUCGGCGGGAGGACCCCGCGGCUCCGGCCACGACCUCGCCUCGACCCCGCCGGCCUCGGAACAAUCGGCGGCGGUGGCUCCGGCCGCGGCCGCCGCGGCCCAGCUCCCGAUCCGCGUGUUCGCCGCCGACGCCGGCCCCUUCGGCGGCGAGGCCCUGCCCGUGUUCGUGUCGCGCUUGGGCGAGCGGCUGUGGCCCCUGCGCGUGGUGGACGAGCGCGGAGUCGUCCGCAUGAGCGUCUCGUUCGUCGCCGCGCUGCCUCCGCCUGCCCCUGCUCCUCCUGCUCCUACUCCGGUCGCCGCCGCCGCCGCCGCAGCCGCCGCCCCUGCGGCGUCCGCUCAACUUCCUCUUCUGCAGCUACCGCCCGCGUCGCCCACGGUGUCCUCGGCGACGCCGUCGCUCGCGUCGGUGGAGCGGCGCCACGAGGAGGCCACGGUGGCCGGCACGAGUCCGAGCCAACAGCGCGGCACUCUGUGCGACCACGACGGUGGUGGUGGUGGUGGCGGUGGUGCUGGACAACAAGAACAGGCGCAGUCGACGUCCGAUAGCCGCGCGGAACCGUCGCCGUCCCGCUCGCUGGCGCUGGACCAGCUGGUGCCGCCCGCGUACGUGGACGCGCCGACCUACGCCAGCAUGCCGCGGGGCACCUUCUGCAUCCUCAAGGACACGGAGAACGAGUACGAGACCAUCCCGCAGGUCAUCAGCUGAGCCGACCUCUGUGCCCUCGUCCUCCCCCUCCUCCCCCUCCUCCUCCUAUGCCCACGAGACGCCUUUCUUCUCAUCCGUUUCUUGGAAACGCGCAGCAUCGAGAGUUUGCGUCCCGGAAGCAAAGUGGAGCCGAAUUGAGCGUCUCACGGUUUGCAUUGUAACUCAAUUGAUCGAUGAAUGGCAGGCGGCUGCGACUGCGGCUGCUGCUGCUGCUGCAGCUGCAGCUGCUUGCCCUGAGUGUAGCGACGUCGCCUAUUGCGGGAAUGCGUUUUCAAUUAACAUCGCGCAAUGGAUCAGAAGAUGCGCGAGCUCCACGCUCGAUGACUUUCAAGGUGACGCAAGGCCGCGGCUCCACUCUGCUUAUUGACCAGGCCGGAGAGACAGGACGGCUUCGUGGAAAGGCGUGCUGCGAUGUGCUCAAUCGAACCAGUGGCGGAGAUCUUACAGGACACGUGACUUUGCGCGCGUGCGCGUGUGUGUGAAACCAACAAUUGUUAUCGCGGCGCGGUUUUUGCCAGUCUUUUGUGGGCUUUAGCGAAGAUUUUCGUUCGCUCACGCCAAGACCCAAGAUGGGAAGCCAACGCCAUCGUGUUCAUUGCCGCUGUCUAUUUUCUGGACACGCUCUGGGCAGUGAAUCCAUUUCCGUUGGCAAAAUGUCCCCCGGUAAUGUCAGAGCUUCGCUGAAGUCGCUCGUGGCUUUACGUUGGCGGGGUAGGUGGGCGAGGAAUAAAUUGUUGGCCGAUGAACGCGAACCGAGUCUGCCCAAGCGCGGCAGAAUGGACCCUGCGGAGUUCCGUUGCUUUAUUUGUUGUUGCAGAGAACGUUGAGAGCACACGGAGGGCAGGAGCCCCACUGAACGUCCGGUCGCGAGAAAACUUUCGCGCGCGCAAGCGCGUACGCCCGUGUCACGCGCAUCAUACGGCCCUGUGCUGGAUCGUCAACGCGGACACCCCUUGUCCACCCGCCGCGGUUUUGAGUUGUAAUUGAAGCCUGUCAACUUUUUUUUAACGGCCCCGUAGCAACCAAUUACCAUUUUUCGUUUGCUUCCGAGCAAGCGAGAUGCUAUACGGAUCCUGCUCACUGUGCAAAUUCUUAUCGGUUUAUUUUUUUUUGAGACAAUAUCGUAUCGCUUUUUUUUCUUUCAAUUUACAGUUCAAUGCAGUUGCUCGUUAACGGGAACUGUUUAGCGUUUCAGCGAUGUGCCGUACUCCGUGCGUGUCUUCUAUCUUGUUUGUCAUCGUCGUCAUCGUUAUAUUUUAGCCAUCGAUAUUGGUACCCUUACACUCACUCACGUCGUCGGGGCUUAAUUUUUUUCAAGGAAUAUUUUCCAAGGUCACUCACAGCCACCCCCACUCCCAGCCAGGCCCACUUUCCACAAACCCGUCCGUGAAACGCAGCGGUCUCGCGGUAGCCUUCGGCUAUACAGGUAGCGCGACCACCAAACGCACACAUCGUGUACGGCUGAAAUACGACGAUUGGUAGCGAAAAAGCGACGAGUUAUGCGGCUGACGUCUGGGGGCACGUUGGUGGGUUGCGGUGGGGAGGGGACGGGAGAGUGCUUUCAGGAGCUCAGCCUCGGACAGCUCCGGCUGUGGUGGCGAGAUGUUAACUGCCUCGCUCGGUAUACAGGAGGUCGUGGGUUCGACCCCGACCCUGACGCCUGCUGUAUAUUUGGAGUUUGCGGUGUCUCUCUCCCCGUGGUCGCGUGGAUUUUU